AUGGCAGACUCAUCGACCUCCGACCCUACCAUUGAGGGCAAUCGAUAUUUUCGAGUGACCCCCAGCGAUCAUCGCGGCGUCAUUCUGGUUGUCUCCGUCAUAUGCGCCGCCUAUGUUCCCAUGCUUCUGGCCCUCCGUGGCACCUUCACCAACAAAACCGUCGGACUGGAUGAUGGAUUAGCCAUCGGCGUGGCGGUGGUAGGAUUGUUACAUAGCAUUCUGGUCUGGAUCGCCGUAUCCCAUGGGCUGGGAAGGUCAUAUGCAGAUAUAGGAGCUUCCGAUGCGAGUUCCAUGGGCAGGAUGUUGGUCGCCUCGAUCGUUUUAUUCCUGAUCACCCUGUUCCUCACCAAGACCUGCGUGAUCCUGCUCUGCCGAAAAUUAUUCAGCAUCAACAUGAAACGGCACCGGACACUUUGCGAUACCAUGACUGUCAUCUGUGGUCUCUGGUGCGUGGGGGCCAUUCUGGCACUCACCAUUGAUUGCAGCUCCAUCCAACAGCUUGGAUACCAUACCUCGUUCUGUCCGACCCUAACCAAGCGAUGGAGCGCAGUCGCAGUCGUGGACGGAAUCACCGAAAUCUUGAUCUUCCUGUUGUCGCUGGCCGUAGUCCUCCCGCUGCACAUGAGCACGGAUCGCAAAGUCUCUGUGCUGCUCACUUUUGCACCAAGAUUGGCGGUUAUUGCACUGAUCGGCCUGCACGCCCACUACAUAGAUCUUACCGUCCAUUCCCGCAAUCCCGGCGUCGAAAUCGUGACCCCCGUCGUUUACCGACAGGUCCUGGUGCUCUUCGCAAUGGCUUCCGCGGCGCUGCCUGCCCUCAACCGUGGCCUGCGAAAGUUCAACACGAGCAUGGGCAGUACAUGGAUGGAGACGACCGUCUCGCAGGCGAGCGGUGGUAAAGCAACAAACGGACAGGCUUCAAUCCCUCUGAAGUCCAUGAAAACGAACAAGAGUAGCAUGAACCGAAGCAAGAGGAGAUCAAUGGACGAAGAUGAGAUUGAUGGCGCGGAAAAAAACCCCAACUUCCGGCCUGACAAGGUCCAGCACAACACCACCGCAUACUGGGGCAAGUCAGUCGAUCCUGAUGCGCGAUCUGGACAGUCUCAAGAAAGCCAGAAUAGCGAGGCCAAAAUCAUUCGCAAGGACAUGCAGUGGCGGGUCCAUUACGAGAAUCAAGGCCCCUCGUAA